AUGGUGCAGGCGGAGAACUUGCUACUAGACGCCGACUCCAACAUCAAAAUAGCCGACUUUGGCUUCAGUAAUGAGUUCACUGCGGGCAGUAAACUGGACACCUUCUGCGGCUCCCCGCCUUACGCCGCCCCGGAGCUCUUCCAGGGGAAAAAGUAUGACGGUCCAGAGGUGGACAUCUGGAGCCUGGGGGUCAUCCUGUACACACUGGUCAGCGGGUCCUUGCCGUUUGACGGACAGAACCUCAAGGAACUGCGGGAGCGUGUUUUGAGGGGGAAAUAUCGCGUGCCCUUCUACAUGUCCACAGACUGCGAGGGAAUCCUGCGCCGCUUCCUGGUCCUCAACCCUUCCAAACGCUGCUCGCUGGAUCAAAUAAUGAAAGACAAGUGGAUUAAUAUCGGCUUUGAAGGCGAGGAUCUAGUGCCCCACACAGAGCCUGAGGAGGACCUGAACAACACCAGCCGCAUCGAUGUGAUGGUAGGGAUGGGCUUCGCCAGAGAGGAGAUCAGAGACUCGCUGUCUACUCAGAAAUACAAUGAGGUCACGGCCACAUACCUGCUGCUGGGACGCAAGAACGACACGGAUGUCAGUGAGUCUCGCACGGCCAGCAGUCUGAGUCUAGCUCGAGUCCGACCCAGCAUCAUCACCAACGGUACCAGCAAACACACCACCUCCUCCUCUGCUGCACCAUCCUCUUCCUCCUCUGCCCACAAGCCUCAGCGCAGCGCCUCCACCUACCACCGCCAGAGACGGCACUCUGACUUCUGUGGUCCUGCAGUUCCAGUGUCGACUCACCCCAAGCGGAGUCCUAGUGGUGUAGGCGAAGUGGCGGGGCUUAAGGAGGAGCGUCUGUCAAGCCGCAAGCCAAGCACGAGCACCAUUGGCUCUCGGAGCAUCCCGACCCCCUCCAGCCCCAUGGUCAGCUCGGCUCAUAACCCAAACAAAGCCGAGAUACCCGACCGGCGCAAGGAAGUCACCACAACCCCAAACAACAUUCCUUCCAGUGCCAUGACUCGAAGGAACACUUAUGUGUGUACAGACCGAUCCAGCACCGACAGGAACACACUGUUGCAAAAUGGCAAGGAAAACAGCUCCAUAUCCCACCGCCUGCCCCCCUCCUCCCCCUCCACCCACAGCAUCGCCGGGGCCUCCGGGGUCUCGUCCUCCACGCCCUCCUCCCGCCUCUCCAGGGGCUCCACGGUGAGGAGCACUUUCCACGGGGGGCAGAUCAGAGACCGCCGCCCUCCCUCCCAUGCUCCCCCUGCUUCCCCAAUGCCAUCCCAUGAUGCCAGCCCCCUGCCCCACACCAGGACCCGGACCACCUCCACCCUGCUCAGCAAACUCACCUCCAAGCUAACCCGCAGGGUCACUAUUGACCCUUCUAAACGUCAGAGCUCAAACAAGUCCAUGUCGGGCUGCACCCUCCCACAGGGGACAAAAACAGUUAACGAACCUGAGAGAAUCAGCAGAUCUCCGGUCACAAGUCGCCAUCUAUCUGGGCAUCAGAAGGCGGCAGAGCCCCGGACCCCCCGAAGCGGAUGGGAUGUGAGGGUGCGGAGCCCUCGGGACCCGGCCGAGGUGGUGCUGGCGCUGCGUGAGGCGGCGCAGGGAUGCGGCUGCCAGGUGCACCUGGCCGGGCCCUUCCUGCUGUCCUGCACCCAUGGAGCAGCGGGCGCCCGCGUGGCCUUCGAGGCCGAGGUUUGCCAGCUGCCCAGCGGGCUGGGCCAGAGCAGUGGGGUGAGGUUCAAGCGCCUGUGGGGGGCGCCGCUAGCCUUCAGAGACAUCGCCACCAAAGUGUCCAAAGAGCUGGAGCUCUGAGGGCGGCUGGAGGCGGGGCGGACAAAUCACAGACAGGACAGCUUGAUACUAGAGGAGGGAUGAAGAGGAAGGUUGCCUCCUCCUCUUCAUCCCUGGGCUCUGCCUCAUCUGAUUUAGCUAGAGAUGCCUCGCCUCCGCCAAAGACCCUCUUCCUCUGAUGCCACCAAUCACAGCCAGACCAACGGAUGCACGGACAGACCGCCAUCGGCAGACUUAUGGUGACCUUUGACAUUGGAGCUGUCAGUGACCUCUGACCCCUGCUUGAAACACACCUCCAUAUUAUUUGAGCCCAUGGAGUCUUUUUAUUUUUUAUCACAACUUCAUGUUUGAUGUAAGGAUGUUGCUGAGAACGAUGGAGACUGAUUAUUGUUGACAUGUUAUUCCUAUUGUACCAUAUUUGUUGUCAUCAUUCCUUUUUAAAGAGCUGCUACUUAAAGAGAUGUUUUAAUGUUUGUCUUUUAAGUUUAUCUUCCCUCUAAUGCUUUUUUUAAAUGGGCAGAAGUUAGACAUCUGUUGUCGGGAGCAGACGUGACAUAUUUCAGAGGUGAGGCCGCAGUCCCACCACCGGCCUCUAGAGGGAGACAUGCAGAAAUACAGAGACUUGUGACGGAUUGAAUGAAGCGUCACAGCCUGUCUGCCCAUACAUUGCUCCCAGUUAGUGCUCAGUUGGGAUUUGGAUGUUAGUUUUCCCCCUCUCUGGUCCAGUGCUGCCUCUCUGCCUGCUCCACUCUGCUGGAGCUGCUGACAGAGGAGCCGCGCUGUCUAAAGGUCACAGGACCCCUCUGAAGUGUUGUUCUUGAUAAACUGAUCACUGUGCUCUGCUAUUUACAUAUAUGUUACUUUGCCCAAUGUGUUGUCCCAUGCUACCUUUAUUAACAAGCAAAACUCCUCUAGAAAAAUGUAAAAUGACACAACAUGUUUUUGGUUUAAAGUGUAAUGUUUGAUUGGUGUUCUUAUUACACAAGUAGGCACUGUUAUUGUUCUUAUUUGACCUACACAGGGGAAACCGAUAGUCACUUACAUUAUUUUCCACUCAGCAGGUUUACUCAAUUUAGUUUAGAUAGGCAGGUUUUGUUCAGCCAAUCAGAAUGCAUUAUUCUGAGUCCAAUAUGUGCUAAUUUAAAGGUUAUUUAAAUGAAAUGCAGUCAUUUUUAAAUGUAACUAAUGAAUUGUCUACCCAUUAAAAAAAAAUUAAAAAGAAAUUCCAUGCACAUAUCCAAAUGCUUUCACUGAGUGCCAAGACAACUAAUAAUAAUAAUAAUUGUGUGCCACAAAUGGUUAAAACAUUUAUUAAUUACUGGUGAAAUAGCAUGGCUUUUUUCUUGACUGGUUCCAGUUUUUAUCUUAAUAACAUUUAAACAAAUAAUUCAGAACGCCACCGUCUUAUUUUUUCCCCUCAAAUGUAGUGCAAUACAGCCACACACCUGAGAACCUACUGGAAUAAGCCUCCACUCAACAGGGCUCCUUGUUUCAUUUUCUUUUUGAUGUCGCUGAUAUGUUGUUAAAACUCAUUGAGCACUUUUUUGUUGCCAGGAAUGCAUUGUACUGCAAUGUCUGUUUUUAUUAAUUCCACAUAGUCUCACACAUAAUGCCCAUGAUUGACCUUCUGAAUGUCUUUCUUCCUCAGGAUUCAGUGAGGUGACAAAGUCAGAUAAUGAAACUGAGGUACAGAUAAAUCACUAUGGCCAUAACAAAUGGUUUAGUUCUUAACCUCAGCCACGCUACAAACUUUAAACCUUCGUCGACCAAUCAGGCUGCAGCACUGAGAUCAAAUUCCAGUAUGGCUGUACGAGAUGUUUGGCUGUUAAUCAAUCAGUUUCCUGCCGAAAAUAAAUUAAAAGCAUGCAACGUGAUGAAGGUUUAAGAUCUUUCAAAAAUAAGAUGUUCUUUUAUAAAAAAACUUUGCUACCAAGAUUCAACAAAAAUACACAGAGUGCUUCAUUGAUCAUACACUCACACUGACGACUCCAAAACCCAAAGGAUGUUGUACUUGUAUUGUUGUUCUACAAUGCCAAGAAAUGGUAACUUGUACUUUUAAAGUAUGCAGCACCUAACAGGACACUGAUCAGUGACAGGAAGAGCUGGAGGAACAGCAGUUUGGAUCUUUACGGCUGUGAGGUCUACAGGAAUGUCAAAUGGGAGGUUUUAGCUGCAGCAGGUAUCCAUGACGGUCUGAAAAUGUGAAGCUGUGAUUUAGGGCUAGAUAUUUUAUUUUUCUUCUUUCUGGUCCAACUGGGCUUCACUCUGAACCUGUUCUGUAGAUGCAGUUAGAGCCGUGCUUUAAGGCUAGAGUUCUGUUGUAUAGUGUGUUUGAAGCCGUGCUGUUAUCAAAAAAACGUAACUAAUGGGCUGAAAUAUGGAAAGGAUCGACCUGCAAUCCUGCAUGUCUCCUUGGAAAUAAUGUGUGACACAUAAAUAAAGACUUUCAACCUC